CGUGUAACUCAAGAUGGCGACUGUAUCAGACCUUCGCUCAGCAGUGACCGAAGCAGGCUAGGAAUGAAGUAAUGCUUCACAGAACAAAAUGAGGCGUUCAAGGAUGAAAGAUUAAACGCCACACCUCUUGCAGACACCCUACAUAAACAGGUACUUUGAAAGACGUAAAACCCGCUGCCGAUUGAAGUACGUCCUUUUGGCCUCUUGGAGAUCAUAAGAUGAAGAUGAUGCAAAAGACUUAAAAGAGAACCAGUCAGUGCCAAACGACGACAUGGUUAAGUCCUCCAUGCAGGGGGAUGAUCUGGAUGCUAGUAUUCCGUUCCACGAGCACCGCGCGAGUGCAGAAGAGAGAUUGAUCAGGUCACAGAAGCACUCAAAAGAGGAAGGAGGAAAGUUGACCCGAAAUGUAACACUCCUUCAAGGCGUGUCACUUAUUGUUGGUGUAAUGAUAGGUUCAGGAAUCUUUGUUACUCCACGGUAUGUUCUCCUACACUCUGGUUCUGUGGGAAUGACUCUUUUGGUUUGGAUUACAUCUGGAGUCAUGGCAACUCUGGGAGCUCUAUGCUACUGCGAAUUAGGGACAAUGAUUCAACGUUCUGGUGGCGAGCUAACAUACAUCCAGGAAGCUCUCGGGCCUCUUCCCGGCUUUCUUGUAAGCUGGACAAUGGUACUUAUUUUGAAACCGGCCUCUGUUGCCAUCAUCACUUUAAGUUUUGCUUCUUACGCUGUCCAGCCAUUCUUGAAGGAAGGCAACGCCGAACCCGAAGACCUCAUCAAACUCGUAGCCGCAAUUUCCAUCAUAAUGAUCACGACCGUGAACUGUGUGAGUUCUCGUUGGGCAGGUCAGAUGCAAAUAAUAUUCAUGAUAAUGAAGCUGCUUGCGAUUGGGAUGAUAGUGGUAAUUGGAGCUGCAAGAAUUGCCAGUGGACACUAUGAAAACUUCGUGUCUCCCUUUAAAGGAACUAAUACAAACGUUGGAGAAAUUGCACAUGCGUUCUUUAGCGGAUUGUGGGCUUAUGACGGCUGGAACCAACUCAAUUAUGUGACGGAGGAAUUACAGAAUCCUCACAAGAAUCUCCCUCGCGGAGUAAUGAUUGCUCUUCCUCUUGUCACUAUUUGCUAUACGCUGAUCAAUAUAGCUUACUUAAGUAUCCUGACACCAGCGGAAAUGCUCUCAUCCACAGCAGUAGCUGUAGCUGUCGCAGAGAAAGUUCACCCCGCCCUUGUAGUUGUUAUGCCACUGUUUGUAGCGUGUUCCUGUUAUGGUGCUGCUAAUGGCUCCAUUUUCACCAAUGGAAGAGUUGUUUGCUCAGCGGCUAAAGAAGGACACAUGCCUCGAUAUCUAGCCGCCAUCAGUGAGCGUUUCCACACUCCAUUACGAGCAAUAAUGUUCCCAUCAUUUAUUUCCAUUUGCAUGUUAAUACUCGGGGAUUUGGGUUCCUUGCUGAGCUGUUUUAGCUUUGUUGCAUGGAUCUUUCUGGGUUGCACAUUCCUGUCGCUCCUGGUUCUGCGCUGGAAGAAACCGCAUGAGUAUCGUCCCUACAAGGUGUGGAUUGGUAUUCCUAUUGCCAUGGUGACGAUUUCGUGCUACCUUAUUAUUGCCCCUCUGAUUGCCAAACCUAAGUCAUCGGUAGUUGCUGUGGCAUUUGUUUUAUCUGGUGUACCAGCAUACUUUAUAUUUGUCAACCGCAAUAAGUAGCAUUGCUGAGAUAUCUUAGCUAUUAUUCAAGGAGAUAUGUACAUUUAUUUGUAAGAAUCAAAGUAACGAUAGGUUGAAUGAGACAAGGGACAGAAAAAUGUAACUAUUCGAUCUUUGUGCGAUUAUGUUUUAAAUGGCAUCGCGAUUAACUUGUAACUAGUUAUAUCGAACGUGUAUCACGUACAUAAUUAACAGUUUGAUGCCGAAGUUUUUUUUAACAGAAUCUCCCUACAACUCCUGACACGUCAUUAGAGCAUAAAAUGCCAGCAAUUUUGAUCUGUAUCAGCUGUAUAUCGGAGUCAUAUCAAUAACUUGAAUUGUUGCAAUACUAACUCCUCAGUGAAAACCCCAAUGCCCCCUCCUUGGGAAACUAAGCUCUUUUCACCACGUGUUCAGUGACUCUCACUGAACACAUUCCUUCACUUCUGGAAUCGAUUCCAGUGACUCAUUGACCGUCGGCUUUUCGUGAGCACGAUGCUUUGAAGGGGACAGAAAUGGGGUGUGCCCCGAUCCCGUUUCACGCACGAAUUUUAGAAAAUUUCACGUGUCACACGAACGUUAAAUGAUAAUUCACGUGUCAUGGAUUUAAGAAGGGAGAACUUCAUUCUCACCUUACUUUGCCCUUCUGUAAAAUCAACGCCUCAUGUAUUAAUUUUGGGCUUAAUCACGCGUUACAAUUAAACCCUUUGCUUCCCUCUGAGAAGAAUUAAACUGUGUAUAACCAUA